CAGAUUAGAUGCAAAGAACUUCGAGCUGCGAGAUUUCAAGAACUGCAACUACCGCAAAGGCACAUUUGCGAUAUGGUUGCCACAUAUUUGGGAAUUGAACCUAAUGAAGUUUUGGAAGGUGCAGCUGACGACGAUGCAUUUAUUUAUCUGAUGAAUAAUUUAUUAGAAAAAUCGGGAACAAAGUGCAUUUUUUUAUUUUAUCAGGAUGGACCAGUAUAUCAAGUGGAAACUGGCCGAUUCAAUAUGUCAGCAAAACCUCCAAUAAAACGAAUCAUUAUCACCAAAGGAAUCACACCUGGACUUCGCGAGAAGGCGAUUGCGGUUUACAAGACAAAAAAUAUUACUUUAGAUUUGAGAAAUAUUACUGACGAAAUUAAUUUCAUACAAGUAGAUAUGGAUCAGGGGAAAGGCAAUCUGGCCACUAUUGCAUCUGAUAUUUUUGGCCAACUAGUAAAUCCUAUACUAAGAUUGUCUAAGGAAUGGGGCGAUCUGCCCAAAACUGCAAUGGGAGUACUACAGAAAUUAAACUUUUUGGGAGAUUGGCAAGGUUUUGUAGAAUUCUUGGAGACAACUAAGUUGGAUUUGGGUAAAAUAGUAAUAUUCACUAUGGAUUCUGAAUUGUUGAAAACCCUAAGUGACGAAGAACAACGAAAGAAACAUUAUUAUGACUCUCAAAUCAUUCAAAAAGUUGAAAGCCAGGUUCGAGUAUGGCAUAAAUUGAUAGAACGGUGUUUGGUACAAUACAGGCAAAUUAGAAAAGAAAACAUGUUUGUCGGACCAAAUGUAGAAGUGGAAUACUGGAGGAGACAACUCGCGAGGUUCACUGGGAUUGUUGAAUUUCUGGAGACCGACGAUAACAACGUAUUUAUAAGCUUUUUAAGGUCAUGCGCAAGAUCUGAAACUCUAAAAACAUGGAAAAUACAUGUAGACUCUGUAUAUGAUACCCGAAACGAAUGCUCGGACAACCUGAAAUAUCUAUAUUCAAUGGAAAAAUAUUGGGAACCUUUAUACAGAUUAGAGCCUCCUGAACUGAUGCCGCACAUACCACCAGUUCUUCAGGCCAUAAGAAUGGUCUUCACGACGUCAAGAUAUUAUAAUAGCACUGGACAUGUGACCGCGAUACUAGUGAAAGUAUCUAAUCAAAUAAUUAAGAAAUGUCGAGAUUAUUUGGAUUGUGAAGGAACAAAAACUGUGUGGAAUCAACCAAAGGCUGUUAUUCUUGAAAAGAUUAAGAUAUGUUUGGACGUAUAUCUCAAGUAUUAUCAAUGCUUUAGAAGAACACAAAAGCAAAUGAGAGAAAGUGGAGAAAAGCCAUUUGAAUGCUCUGAAAGUUUUAUUUUUGGUAAAUUUGAAACCUUUAAAAGGAGAUGCGAGCAGAUAGUAUACGUGUUAAGAACUACCAUCAAAUACUCGAUUUUACAGUCGAGUACCAUUGAAGGAAUUGACGUAUUCGCCAAAAAGUUUAUAGAUUUUUAUAAAAGUAUUUCUAGCCAAAAGUAUGACGCCUUAAAUCAUAGAUCUCCUACUUUUGAAACGGAUUAUAAUCAAUUUAAACAAAAUGUAGUCGAUACUGAAUGGGAACUAGAAGAAUUUGUAGGUGCAUCGUUGGAAAAAAUGGCCGAUGUUGAAAAUAUUUUAAGACUAUUGAAACGGUUUGAAAAAUUAAAUUUUCCAUGUCUACAUUUGGAAGAAAGGUAUUUAGAGGCCAUGAUGCUGUUUCAAUAUGAAAUAGAAAAAUUGAGAGACAGAUAUAAUGAAGAUAGACAGACACCUGAUAUUCCCAGAUCUAUGCCUCCUGUUAGCGGUCGAAUUUACUGGAUUCAGCUUCCUGAUGUGGGUCAGGUCCUAGUAUUCUGUAAAGAAAAAUUAUUGAAAUCGCGCGAAGUUGUUAAGGCAUUGAUAGAACGUAACGAUAAAAUAAGAUCCACCAUUCCACCAUUGUUUUUACCAAUGAUGCGUGUUCAGCUGCUUAAAAUGGAAAAUGCCUUUAUGCCUGGAUUUUCUACAAUAACUUGGACUUCGACAAAGAUUCCGGAAUUUUGCCGGGAAGUAACGGCAGUGCUUGACUACAUCGAGAUGUUUGUUAAAGAAGUACGUGAUAUGAAAGAAGCUAGAAUAGAUGAGGUUUUAGAAGCUAUUGCUAUGAUGUCUUUAGUAUAUUUGCCCAAUGUACCAAUAAUUCCGGCAGAGUUUUUGCGAGAGAAUAUCAAGCAUAGGGAAGAUAUUGUUACCGAGCUUCAGUUAAAAUCAGAUGCUAUUGAAAAGUGCGUCAAGGACCUGAUAAAUAAGUUUUUGAGCGUUAUAGAACAGCCAAAUCUGCAGGAGAAUAAGUACAACUGGUUGGAUCCGGAAAAGGCAGUGAGACCUAUUGGUUCGACGUCACGUUUGCUGACAUCAGCAGAUGCUGCUUUCAAAGAAAUUGACAGAAACGUCCCAUUGGAUCUAACCAACAUCCACAGUGACUGCAUUGAAAUGUUCGCCUAUUUUAAUAUGAAGCUCACAGACGCUUUAAUUAAGGCCACAAAGUUGUCUCUAGAAAAAGUAAAACAACGCGCUACAAGUAUUGGUGGAGAAAUACCCUUGAUGUGUACUCAUAUGAUCCUACAAAUCCCCGUAGCUACUAUAAGUCCAAACUUGGAUGAGAUCCAGUCAUAUUUCUCUCAAGUCCUCCAAAAUAUACUUGAUGUUCACAAAUAUAUCGGUUUAUGGGGUCAAACUAGGCCUGUAAAGUCUGCCUUGAAAGGAGGAGCAAAAGGGCCAAAAGAUAAAAACUAUUAUAAGUCAGUUAGUGAAAACAAAGAAAUUGUUCGUGUAUACAUGAGUUUGCAAGGAGUCAUGUAUCUGCUGAGUCCCGAUGUUGCUAGUCUUUUGGACGAAUAUCUAAAAUGGAAAUACUUAUGGGUGGAAGAUAGAGAUAAAAUUAUAGACGACUUUUGUGCACAGAAUCCUUUACUGGUUGAAAUCUCAGAGAAGUUUACAGAAUACGAUGCACGAGCAGAAACUAUUCGAGCUUUACCAGAAAAACACGAUGUAGGUGCAAUAAGGAUUCUUGUGGAACACCUAAUAAUUGCGCUUCUCGUGGAAUCAGAAGCGUGGAAGCAUAUUAUGGGCAAAAAAUUGAGUGAAAGCUAUAAAAAGAAACUGGUUACCAUGGUGGACUUUAUUAAAACACAAGAAAAGGUCUUAAACAAGCCUAUCAAAGAUUUGGAUGAUUGCAGAAAUGCAAUGAAUUGUCUAACUAUUAUACGCGAAAACUUCAUCGAAAUGGACAUGGACUUAAGUUUAAUGGAAGAAGCAUAUGGUACCUUCGGCAAAUUUAAAAUCGACACUCCUAAAGAAGAUAUUGAACGGGUAGAAAGCUUACGCUUCAACUUCCAAAACAUGAUUUCUCAUUCUAAAGCGGUUCAAGAAGAAAUAUGUACGGUGCAAGGACCUCUACUGGAAGAAUUGACUGAUGGUGUAUCCAAUUUCAAAGACGAAGUUGAACAAUUUGACAAAGAUUUCGAAGAAAAAGGCCCAAUGAUACCAGGUCUCGGUGCGAGAGAGGCCAGCGACCGAGUACUGGCGUUCCAAGAUAGAUUCGACGAGUUGUGGAGAAAAUAUGAAAUGUAUAGCAGCGGCGAGAAAUUAUUUGGAUUGGAAGUUAAUGACUAUCCAAUACUGCAUCAAAGGAAAAAAGAAUUUACUCUGUUAAACAAACUCUAUGGACUCUAUUUGGCAGUAAAUCAUAGCAUUGAUGGCUAUUUUGACAUUUUAUGGAGCGAUGUCGAUACUGAAGUUAUAUUUGCCGAACUACAAGAAUUUCAAAAUAGAUGCCGAAAAUUACCGAAAGCCAUGAAAGACUGGCCAGCUUUUAUCGAUCUGAAAAAGAAAAUUGACGACUUUAGUGAAACUUGUCCGUUAUUGGAACUUAUGGCGAACAAAGCAAUGAAAGAAAGACAUUGGAAAAGAUUGGGAACUUUAACUAGCUAUUUGUUUGAUGUUGAAUCUCCUACAUUUACGCUAAGAAACGUAAUGGAAGCCCCGUUGCUUAAAUAUAAAGAUGAUGUCGAGGACAUCUGUAUAAGUGCUGUAAAAGAAAAGGAUAUUGAAGCCAAACUCAAACAGGUCAUAGCUGAGUGGGCAGUCGUAGAGCUAUCAUUUUCUAAUUUCAAAACUAGAGGAGAGUUGCUACUAAAAGGUACCGAGACUGGAGAAAUUAUCACCACACUGGAGGACAGUCUGAUGAUCAUGAACUCUCUUUUAAGUAACAGAUACAAUGCUCCAUUUAAAAAAGAUAUUCAAUUAUGGGUCCACAAGUUGGUGACUACUUCAGAAAUCCUAGAAAAAUGGUUAAUUGUCCAGAACUUAUGGGUUUAUUUGGAAGCAGUUUUUGUAGGAGGUGACAUCGCUAAACAGUUACCCCAAGAAGCUAAAAGAUUCAGCAAUAUCGACAAAUCCUGGAUAAAGAUCAUGAAUAGAGCUCACGAAAUUCCGAAUGCUGUAGAGUGUUGUACUGGUGAUGAAACUAUGGAACAACUUUUACCUCACUUGCUCGAACAACUCGAAACGUGUCAGAAGAGUUUAACUGGAUAUUUAGAGUCGAAGAGGUUAUGCUUUCCAAGAUUCUUUUUCAUAUCCGAUCCAGUGCUUCUAGAAAUAUUGGGCCAAAGUUCAGAUCCUACUUCAAUCCAACCGCACUUACCUAGCUUGUUUGAUGCUGUGUUUACAGUUGAUUUUGAUGAAAAACAUACAGACACCAUAACUGCAAUGAAUUCGAACUUAGGAGAAAAAGUAGUAUUCGAGAAAUCUGUGGUUUGCGCAGGAGGGGUGGAAUUUUGGUUAAACAACUUAUUAGCUACCGUUAGAGAUACAGUGAAAGGGGUCAUAGCGGCGCAAGCGCAAUGUUUUGUAGAUCCCGAAUAUGAUUUUAUAACUGGUUUUGUUGCAUUUUGCGGACAGGCUGGUUUACUUGGCAUUCAAGUGUUUUGGACUAAAGAAGCUGAGAUUGCAAUUAAAAGAGCAAGAGUCGAUAGAGUGAUUAUGAAAGUUACAAAUCAGAGAUUUCUGGAACUCUUAAAUUCCCUUAUUGACCUAACUUCCAAAGAUUUAAGCAAAAUGCAAAGAACCCAAUUUGAAACAAUGGUUACUAUACACGUACAUCAGCGAGACAUCUUUGAUAAUAUUACAAAGCUAAGAGUGAAAAACAUAUUGGAUUUUGAAUGGCAAGCUCAAUGCCGUUUUUACUAUAACGACGAAAACGACGAUGUCUUGGUUAAAGUUACAGACGUAAUAUUUCUCUAUCAGAAUGAAUAUCUUGGCAUCACUGAGAGGCUGGCGAUAACGCCACUAACUGAUAGAUGCUACAUUACUUUGGCCCAGGCUAUUUGGAUCAACAUGGGUGGUGCCCCUGCUGGACCAGCUGGGACUGGUAAAACCGAAACAGUUAAAGACAUGGGUCGUACUUUGGGCAAAUUUGUAGUGGUAUUCAAUUGUUCCGAUCAGAUGGAUUUUAGAGGCUUAGGCAGAAUUUUUAAAGGUCUAGCACAAUCUGGUACCUGGGGCUGUUUUGACGAGUUCAACAGGAUAGAAUUACCUGUAUUAUCGGUAGCGGCACAACAAAUUUACAUUGUAUUACAAGCUAGGAAAGAAAGGAAACCCAUAUUUGUUUUCAUGGAUGGCGACAAUGUAACCAUGAAUAUAGAGUUUGGCAUUUUCUUAACUAUGAAUCCUGGCUAUGCCGGUCGCCAGGAAUUACCAGAAAACCUAAAAAUAAUGUUUAGAAGUGUUGCCAUGAUGGUACCUGAUAGGCAAAUUAUAAUUCGUGUUAAAAUGGCUUCUUGUGGAUUCAAAGAUAAUGUUUUACUAUCAAGAAAGUUUUACACUUUGUACCAACUAUGUGAAGAACAACUAUCGAAACAGGUGCACUAUGAUUUUGGUUUAAGAAAUAUAUUGUCAGUUUUGCGUACUCUAGGAGCUCAGAAAAGAGCUCAUCCCUCAGAUACGGAGGAAACAAUCGUAAUGAGAGUUUUGAGAGAUAUGAAUCUGAGUAAACUUAUUGACGAAGAUGAGCCACUAUUUCUAUCAUUGAUUGAGGACAUGUUUCCUGGCAUCAAAUUAUCUGUCCAUUCAUGGAAAGAACUUCAAAAAGCAAUCGCAUCCGUGUGUUCUGAUACUGGACUUGUCAACUAUCCUUCAUGGAAUCUCAAAGUGAUACAACUCUACGAAACGUCCCUGGUGCGUCAUGGACUUAUGGUCUUAGGCCCUACUGGAGCAGGAAAAACUAAGUGCAUGCACACCCUUAUGAAGUCUAUGACAGAAACCGGACUUCCGCAUAGAGAAUUGAGGAUGAAUCCUAAAGCUAUUACAGCUCCUCAAAUGUUUGGUAAACUCGAUGUAGCCACUAACGAUUGGACAGAUGGGAUAUUUUCUACUUUGUGGAGGAGAACGCUUAAAUUUAAGAAAACUGAUUACUGUUGGUUAGUGUUGGAUGGACCAGUAGAUGCUGUAUGGAUAGAAAAUUUAAAUUCCGUCUUGGACGACAACAAAACGCUGACAUUGGCUAAUGUAUUACCUUGGGGUCCAAUUCUGGAUUCGUGGCUAAAAACUAGACAGCAACAGGAAGCUGACGCUCUAAGAAAUAUAUUCAAUAAAUGUUUUGGUGACCUCCAAAUAUAUGUUCAAACUAGGUUGAAACCCAAAAUGUUUAUACGAGAGGCUUUAUACAUUAGACAAUGUUACGAUGUUUUGCAAGGCAUCCUCGAUAUUUAUGACGAGCCAAAACAAUGGACCGACAAGCAAUUAGAGAGAUUAUAUUUAUUCUCUGUCAUGUGGUCACUGGGCUCUUUGCUAGAACUAGAGGAUCGAGCCAAACUGGAAGAAUUUGCCCUAGCGCAUCCAUCGAAAAUGGAUUGGCCCAAAUGCAAGGAGAAUGAAACAAUUUUUGAAUAUGUUGUGAAUCCAGAAAACGGAAAAUGGGAGCACUGGAGAGAGCGAGUCGAGGAAUUUAUUUACCCGAAAGAUUCGGUCCUCGAAUUCACAAACAUCCUAGUUCCGAAUGUAGAUAACGUUAGAACGGCCUUUUUGAUUCAUAGUAUUGCUAAGCAAAAUAAAGCAGUACUUUUAAUCGGUGAGCCUGGUACUGCAAAAACAGUAAUGAUUAAAGGAUAUAUGUCAAUGUUUGACCCUGAAUACAAAUUGAGCAAAGCUUUCAACUUCUCUUCAGCAACUACUCCUAAUAUGGUUCAGCGAAUUAUUGAAUCAUAUGUUGACAAAAGAGUUGGUACUACCUACGGUCCACCAGCUGGGAAAACGCUAACAAUUUUCAUAGACGAUAUUAAUAUGCCUGUCAUCAACGACUGGGGUGACCAAAUUACCAAUGAAAUCGUCCGACAACUUAUGGAAAAUGGUGGAUUUUUCAGUUUGGACAAACCAGGUGAUUUCUCUUUCAUUGCGGACGUGAUGAUACUUUCCGCUAUGAUCCAUCCAGGAGGAGGUAGAAAUGAUAUUCCUCACAGACUGAAAAGACACUUUUGUAUUUUUAACUGUACCUUGCCGAGUGUUACUUCAAUGGAUUUGAUAUUUAGUCAAAUUGGCGAGGGCUAUUUCUGCAUAGAACGUUUCAAUGAAGAAAUUGUAGCAUUUCUCCCAAAGUUAAUUCCUCUCACCCGUCACGUGUGGCAGAAAACGAAGCAAAAAAUGUUGCCUACACCAGCCAAAUUUCAUUAUGUAUUCAAUUUGAGAGACUUGUCUAGGAUAUGGCAAGGCAUUUUAACUGUUCAAAACCUCGAAUGUGCAAAUAAAACUCAAAUGUUGAAAUUGUGGAGACACGAAUGCCAAAGGGUUAUAUCUGAUAGGUUUACUGUGAUACCCGAUAAGGUAUGGUUCGAAAAUGCGCUAAAGCAACAGGCAAAGGAAGAACUUGGGGACGAUUUUGAGUUCUACAGCGAAGAUGAAACGUUUUGGGUGGAUUUCCUUAGAGAACCUCCUGAGGCUACUGGGGAAGAGCCAGACGAUUUUGUUUUUGAAGCUCCGAAAAUAUACGAGGAAAUUCCAAGUUGGGAAUUUCUCAAAGAAAAGCUGUUCAGUAAAUCUUACAAUGUCAGCAAUAUGAUGGAAGAUAUGAAACAACUCUAUCGAGUGGCUGGGCUUCACGGCCAGGGUAUGACGUUCAUCUUCACCGACAACGAAAUAAAAGAAGAAACAUUCCUGGAAAGUAUAAACAACAUCCUAAGUUCCGGAGAAAUAGCCAAUCUGUUUGCCAAAGAUGAAUUGGAUGAAAUACAAUCAGAGCUCAUACCAAUAAUGAAAAAAGCUCAACCCAAACGACCGCCCACUGGUGAUAAUCUCUAUGAUUUUUUCUUGUCUAGAGCAAGACAAAAUUUGCAUGUAGCUCUAUGUUUCUCACCGGUUGGUGAAAAGUUUCGGAGCAGAGCCCUCAAGUUUCCUGGUCUGAUUUCCGGAUGCACCAUUAAUUGGUUCCAAAAGUGGCCCCAAGAUGCCCUGGAAGAAGUUUCCCAAUAUUCCUUAGGCCCCUAUAAUCUAGUCGCAUCCCCCGAGGUGAAAAAUGAACUAGUUUUGAUCAUGGCAGAAGUGCAUGAUGGAGUUUCAGAUUUCUGUGAAAAAUAUUACGAAAGAUUCCGGCGAAGAACCUACGUCACACCAAAAACGUUUAUAUCAUUUUUGGCUGCCUAUAAAAUUGUUUAUAAAAAAAAAGUGGACGACAUUGAAGUGUUAGCAUUGCGAAUGAAGACUGGACUGUCAAAACUAGUAGAAGCCCAAGCAAGUGUUGAUAUUUUGAGGACCGAGUUGGCGGUCAAAGAAAAGGAGAUGGUCGUAGCAACUGAAGCUGCUGAACAUGUACUAUCUGAAGUAUUAGCUGCCAGUGAGAUAGCGACGAAAAUUAAAGAAGAAGCCACAAUCGUCAAAGAAAGGGCUGAACACUUAGUAACUAUUAUCAGCGUUGACCAAAAGGAAGCAGAGGCCAAGCUAUUGGCUGCCAAGCCAGCAUUAGAUGCAGCUGAGGCAGCUUUAUUGACUAUCAAAGCUGCUGAUAUAGCUACAGUGAGGAAGCUCGGGAAGCCUCCAUAUCUGAUUCUAUUAAUUAUGGAUGCUGUACUGAUAUAUUUCAAAAGAAAAAUGGAACCUACGAAACCAGAUUACGAGAAAAACUUUUUGGUACCUUCAUGGGCUGACUCUUUGAAGGUUAUGGCAGAUACUUCAUUCCUGAGACGUCUGCAGGAGUAUCCAAAAGAUACUAUAAAUGCAGAAACCGUAGAUUUGUUGCAACCAUACUUAACUCAUCCACUCUAUACCUACGAAGCAGCCAAGACUGCAUGCGGUAAUGUAGCUGGGCUAAUAGCUUGGACUAUAGCCAUGUCUGCGUUUUUUGAAGUGAAUCGAGAGGUGCUGCCGUUAAAAGCAAAUCUGACUAUUCAGCAAGCAAAACUAACGAGAGCCCAAGAAGAGUUGCAUGCCGCCAUGUCGUUGUUAGCUGAAAAAGAAGAAGAAGUGAGACAAUGUCAAAAUCUUUACGAGGAAGCAAUGACUAAAAAACAGGAAAUAUUUGAUGCAGCAAUGAAAGUGAAAAACAAAAUGGACGCAGCCACAGCACUUAUAGAUGGCUUAGCAGGAGAAAGGGUUCGUUGGACGGAUCAGUUAGCACAAUUCAAAGCUGAAACCGAGCGAUUGAUCGGCGACGUAGUCCUGUUAACUGGAUUCCUUGGUUACACUGGGCCGUUCAAUCAAGAAUUCAGGAGCGUCAUGCAACAAACUUGGCUAGAUUCUUUGACAAGAAGGAAAAUACCCACGACAGUCAGUCUAAAUAUUAUCGACAGCUUAACGGAUAUUGCGACUAUAGGGGAGUGGAAUCUACAAGGGCUACCCACGGACGAAUUGUCAAUUCAAAAUGGAAUAAUUGUAACUACAGCGUCAAGAUUUCCCCUAUUAAUUGAUCCACAGAACCAAGGAAAGGCUUGGAUUAAAAAUAAAGAAAAACAUAAUAAUCUUAUUGUUUCAUCCCUAAAUCAUAAAUAUUUCAGAAACCACAUCGAAGAUGCCGUAUCUCUAGGUUAUCCAAUGAUCAUUGAGGACAUUGCCGAAGAACUUGAUCCGGCAUUAGAUCACGUUUUGGAAAAAGAUCAUAUAAAAAUCGGCACCACUUUCAAGGUAAAAGUGGGAGACAAAGAAGUAGAUGUGAAUGAUAAGUUUAGGUUAUACAUAACUACAAAGCUCGCCAAUCCUAGUUAUACACCCGAAAUAUUUGCGAGAACUUCCAUAAUCGAUUUCACUGUUACAAUGAAGGGUCUUGAAGAUCAAUUAUUGGGUCGAGUAAUUCUCACCGAAAAAAAGGAGUUGGAAACUGAAAGAACGACUUUAAUUAAAGACGUCACUGCUAACAGACGUAAGAUGUUGGAGCUGGAACAGAACCUACUUUAUAAACUGACCACUACUCAGGGUUCACUACUGGAUGAUGAUACUGUGAUUGAAGUGCUCAACGUUACAAAAAAUACAGCAACUGAAGUAAGGGAAAAGUUGCAGAUUGCAAAAGAGACUGAAACAAAAAUAAAUAUUGCCAGGGAAGAAUUUAGACCAAUUGCCACUAGAGGAAGUAUAUUAUAUUUCUUGGUAGUAAGCAUGUCGAUGGUCAACUGUAUGUAUCAGACGUCCUUGGUUCAAUUUUUGGAACGUUUUGAUAUUUCCAUGGCCAGAUCUGAGAAAACUCCUGUGGUACAGAAAAGAAUUGGGCUCGUAAUUGAUUAUUUGACUUAUGAAAUAUUUAAAUAUAAGUCUAGGGGAUUAUAUGAGUGCAAUAAAUAUAUGUUUGUGCUGUUGAUGUGCCUAAACAUUGAUUUAGAUCGAGAACAUAUAACUCACGAGGAGUUUCAAAAUUUUAUAAAAGGUGGGGCUGCGUUAGACCUAACUGCCUGUACACCUAAGCCAGCGAAAUGGAUUAACGACUUGACUUGGCUUAAUUUAACUGAGCUAUCGAAAUUAAGACAUUUCCAAUACAUUAUUCAACAAGUCACGGCUAAUGAUAAACAGUGGAAAACGUGGUUUGACAAAGAUGCCCCAGAAGAAUCUGUCAUACCAGACGGCUACAACAAUUUAGAUACUUUUAGAAAACUUUUAAUAAUUCGUGCUUGGUGCCCCGACAGGACUAUAACUCAAAGCAGAAAGUACAUUGCGAAUUCUUUAGGCCAAAAAUUUGCAGAGCCGGUUAUUUUAAAUUUUGAAGUGAUGCACUUAGAAUCUCGUCCCCUCACUCCCCUAGUUUGUUUCCUAAGUAUGGGCUCAGAUCCAACUCCUUACAUCGAAACGUUGGCCAAACGUCUGGAGUUAAAAAGCAAGAGCAUUUCAAUGGGACAAGGUCAAGAAGUUCAUGCGAGAAAAAUGAUGUCACAAGCUAUGCAAGAAGGGUUUUGGGCCUUAUUGCAAAAUUGCCAUUUAUCAUUAGACUAUAUGACCGAAGUGCUAGCGGUAUUUUUGGAGCUGGAAAAAGGUAUUGGCUUUGUACACGCAGAUUUUCGAUUGUGGAUAACAACAGAAGUACAUCCCAAGUUUCCCAUCAGUUUAUUGCAGAUUUGUAUAAAAUUUACGAAUGAAGCUCCUUCUGGAAUACGUGCAGGACUUUCAAGAACCUAUAAUUCCAUGAACCAAGAUAUGUUGGACUAUUCUGAUGUGUGGCAAUAUAUCCCUCUGGUGUACGCCAUUUCUUUUUUGCAUACAGUGGUUCAAGAACGCCGCAAAUUUGGGCCACUCGGUUGGAAUAUUCCAUACGAAUUCAAUUCUGCCGAUUGGCUGUCCAGUUGCCUAUUUUUACAAAAUCAUUUAGAUGAAAUUGAUCCGAAAAGAGGAAUAAGUUGGCAAACUUUAAGGUAUAUGUUGGGAGAAGUCCACUAUGGAGGCAGAGUUACUGAUGAUUUUGAUAAAAAACUACUAAACACAUUUUGCCGAGUUUGGUUUAACGAUGAUAUCUUCAAGGACGACUUUAUUUUCUAUAAGGGCUAUAAGGUCGUUAGAUUCAAGCAAGUUUCAGACUAUAUCACGCACAUUGAUGGAUUUGCGGCAAAUGAUCCUCCGCAAGCAUAUGGUUUACAUUCUAAUGCCGAUAUUACACUUAAAGCAAUGAAUUUGUUGAACCCACUAAAUAUUUUUUUGAGACAAGAGAUCGAUCGAAUGCAAAAGGUCAUAAGCUUCGUGAGAUUUACUUUGACAGAUCUUCUACUAGCUAUUGAAGGAACUAUAAUAAUGAGUAGACCGCUCUGUUUUUGGAUGGCUGGAUUCUUCAACCCUCAAGGUUUCUUAACGGCCAUGAAGCAAGAAGUAGCCAGAGCUCAUAAAGGUUGGGCAUUGGAUCAGGUUUCCCUACAUAAUGAGGUGCUGAAAAAUACGAGGGACGAAAUAAACGCUGCCCCAGCUGAAGGUGUACUGGUGUACGGACUUUUCCUGGAUGGAGCUGGUUGGGAUAGGAGGCAUGCCAAACUUAACGAAUCGAUUAACAAAGUGCUUUAUACAAUGAUACCCGUAGUUCACAUUUUUGCCAUCUAUUCUACGGAUCCAAAGCCUGCGUCCCUCUAUACGUGUCCGGUUUACAAGAAAUCUAGAAGAACUGGACUCAAUUUCAUUACUGUACUUUGGCUUCAGACUAUAAAACCGCCUGAACACUGGUGUCUCCGUGGUGUGGCUUUGCUAUGCGAUAUUCAGUAA